AUUACGCAAUUCUUUACCGAAUUUCGUUGCAGUAACGUUGGCAGAUUUGUGCAAAAGACUCUUAAUUUUACCAACCUUUCCUUCACCGAUAAACAUGUCGUCCUUACUGAAUGCAGGGAGAAUCUUGCUCAAGAAUACAAGUUUACACCAGGGUAUACGGUUGUUUGGACCCCUUUCUCAUCUGAAUGGACUCGUUGACUCCCUGAUUGCAAAAGAUUCGAAAUUUUCAAGCCGUUUUUACAGUUCUGAAGGUGUUCGUGGUGCAGUAUGUGGUAUUGAUCUUGGUACAACCAACUCUUGUGUUGCCGUCAUGGAAGGCAAAACAGCAAAAGUAUUAGAAAAUUCGGAGGGAAUGAGAACGACUCCCUCUGUUGUUGCUUUCACUCCUGAAGGAGAAYGUCUUGUCGGUGCUCCAGCUAAAAGACAGGCCAUUACAAACCCACAGAACACCUUGUAUGCUACUAAACGAUAUAUUGGACGAAGAUUUGAUGCUCCUGAAAUCAAGAAAGAUCUUCAUGGCACAGCCACCAAAGAUGCUGGUCAAAUCGCUGGUCUAAAUGUUUUAAGAGUAAUUAAUGAACCAACGGCAGCAGCUCUGGCUUAUGGAAUGGACAAGACAGAAGAUAAAAUUAUUGCUGUGUACGAUCUUGGUGGUGGAACAUUUGAUAUCUCAAUCCUUGAAAUCCAGAAAGGUGUCUUUGAAGUCAAAGCAACUAAUGGCGACACGUACCUUGGUGGAGAGGACUUUGAUAAUACCCUCCUAACAUUCCUGAUCUCUGAGUUCAAGAAAGAGAGUGGAGUUGACCUUUCUAAAGACAGCAUGGCUCUUCAGAGGCUUAGAGAGGCUGCUGAAAAAGCUAAAAUAGAGUUGUCAUCCUCAGUACAGACAGAUAUUAACCUACCGUACAUAACCAUUGAUGCCAGUGGACCAAAACAUAUGAACCUGAAGCUCACAAGAGCCAAGUUUGAGUCUCUUGUUGGUGACUUGAUCAAUAGGACAGUAGGACCAUGUAAGAAGUGUCUACAAGAUGCCGAGAUCAGUAAGAGUGAUAUUGGAGAUGUGUUGUUGGUUGGAGGAAUGACCAGAAUGCCAAAGGUUCAAUCAACAGUUCAAGAGAUUUUUGGAAGACAGCCAAGCAAAGCUGUCAACCCAGAUGAAGCUGUAGCUCUAGGAGCUGCUAUACAGGGGGGCGUUCUUGCUGGUGAUGUGAAAGAUGUGCUGUUGCUUGAUGUGACCCCCCUGUCACUUGGUAUUGAAACCCUUGGCGGCGUGUUCACUAAACUGAUUGCAAGAAAUACUACCAUCCCAACAAAGAAGAGCCAGGUGUUCUCCACUGCCGCUGAUGGCCAGACUCAGGUGGAGAUCAAAGUCCACCAAGGCGAGAGAGAGAUGGCUGCUGACAACAAGCUACUUGGACAGUUUCAACUGGUUGGAAUCCCCCCAGCACCGAGAGGAGUUCCCCAGAUUGAAGUAACGUUUGAUAUCGAUGCCAAUGGUAUAGUGAAUGUGUCUGCUCGUGAUAAGGGGACUGGAAGAGAACAACAAAUUGUGAUCCAGUCAUCUGGAGGUCUGAGCAAGGAUGCCAUUGAAAACAUGAUCAAAGAAGCCGAGAAACAUGCCGAGAGUGACAGACAAAAGAAGGAAACCACAGAGGCUGUCAAUCAUGCAGAAUCGAUGAUUCACGACACAGAAACCAAGAUGGAAGAGUUCAAAGACCAACUACCAUCAGAAGAGACUGACAAACUUAAGGAAGAAAUCACCAAGGUACGUGAAGUCUUGGCCAACAAAGACAACGAGACUGCAGAGACCAUCAGACAGGCUUACAGUGAACUACAACAGAAAUCUCUUAAACUAUUCGAGAUGGCUUACAAAAAGAUGGCGUCAGAGAGAGAAUCCACCGGCUCCACCGACUCCACCGACACCAGCUCAGAAACAACCGAUUCAACCGACGGUAAAAAGAAGGACGAAAGUUAAAAUAAAACAUCAAGCAUAGAAAGACUUUCAAAAUCCACUUCGAUGUUAUUAUAAUGAGCUUGCUCUGGUUCAGGAUAAGAACGUUUUUUAAAGAUUCUAACGAGCCAAUGUAAAAUCAAUGUAGCCUGUAUUAGUGUAAUAAUGUUAUGGUGAUAUUAGUACUAUAUUGGUUCAUGCAGUAAGGGUUAAUUUAUCCUUCAUAAUGUUAUUUUUACACUGGUUACUUUUUCCACUUCACGACGAAGGAAUUUGUGGGUCCAGGUUUACAUUUACAGUGCAACCACAAGCUGAAGAAUCUAGAAAUAAAAUGAUUAUCCAUGCUUUUUGUGCUUGGUGCAUAUACACCAGUUUCGCAUUCGACUGCAUACCGCUGUUUUUGAAGACCACAGACUCAUUUGCACAGAUUUAGCCUCGUUUAUAAGUCAGCUAUUCGCAGAUAGAAUUAAAAGUCUGUUGGAUUUCAAAACAUUGGUAUUGCUCGAGUUGUACAUCCUUUAUAUUACAGUUGACUCUCGCAAAUGAUUUGCGCUUAAGCUGGGCUAACAAGUUUCGAACUGCUCCUGGAAUUCUUGGAAAACUUCUGAAUUUUCUUCCGUGGCCCUGGAAAACGACUUGAAAUUUCGGGUCUUUCUUGGUGUUGCAAGAUAUAAACUUAUUUCAAUAUAGUUAGUCACCUGAAAAGCUACAAAGCUGAGACCAGCAAGGAUUAUGGGUAGAUACAUUUCUACAUGUUUUAACCGCUUGAUCACUGUUGAUAAACUUGAGAACUUCUACCAGUUACAAGUUAACCUCCUCUGAGUAUCCUCAACUGCUGCAGUUUGUGUCAAAAGCUUCACUUGUUGGAUAUAAAGCAUUUCCCCUGAUUCUCAGCGAUCACAGCUUUCUAGGUUUUUGGUGACUAACUUUAUUGAAAUAAGUAUAUCGUAUUCUGGGUUAGGGUUAUUGUAUUGCAGGGUAAUGUUUAGCUCCAGACUCAUUAUUCUCGGCUAUUGUUUUCUUGUCUUUAUGGCUGAGGUGCCCUGCAACACUAAGAAAGAGCCGAAAUUUAUAUUGGGUAAACUCUUAGACAAAUGAAGUUGAAAAUAAAAGCGUUUUCUCUGCCAACA